AUGGCGCUGCUGAGGUCAGGCUGGCUGUGGAGACAGACUUCCGUCCUAAGACGCUGGAAGUUAAACUGGUGUGACCUUUGGGUAGAUGGGAGUCUCUGCUUCUACAAGACCGACAGCAGGCGAGAGCUGGAGCACCGCAUCAGCCUCAAGCUAGCAUGUGUAGACGUGAGAUCUGGCCUGGAAUGUGGAGAUGUGGCUCCACCAGAGAGCAACCCCAGACAGAAUCUCAUUGUGAUUCAACUUAAAGACGGCUCAACAGUCAACCUGUGUGCCAACAGCGAGGAUGAAUCCAUAGCGUGGAAACUGACUCUGCUAGAGACCAGGAGAAACCCGGCGUUCACAUACGACCCAUAUGAUGACUCCUACCAGGCUAUCCCCAUCAACAGCUACCAAACAGUCUACAUCACACCUGGAGCAGGACCAGGAACCCACCAGGUGAUUGUUCAGAGGGACCCGUUUGAUGGAGUGAUGGAGAACAUAGCGCUGGGGUUACUGGCAGGCAUGGCAGCAGGGACAGCCAUGCGAUCCUUCCUCUGGAUGCCCUUCCUUUUCUGCUGAGAUGAUCUCCGUUACGGACGUGACAACACUGUGAUACUGGGACACUGGGACACUGGCAUCAGCAUGUGUAGAGAGGCUCUUUCCCUCCCUUUUGUACCAUCUCUUCCGAUCACAUCUGCUGAAACAAACUCCUGCUCUUCUGGCUGUUUUGACUUGUGUGCACUUUUGCAUAUAAGACUUAAGAAGCUGAGAAGGCUGCUAUGUAAUUGUAUGUAAUGUAAUUUUCUGCUUGUAUAUACAGCACACUGUGUACUCAUGAGCAUUUGUAACUGUCAGGAAGUCCAUUUUGUAUCUGAAUGUUCUUUUAUUUGCCGCAUGGAUUUUACACCCUGCCAGCUUAUACAUGUGUAGUUUGUAAGAUGUGUAGUCUGUAAACUGAAGUAUAAAAAUAAACUU